AUUGAAAUGAGUACGGUAACUCGGCAGCGUUUACUCUCGAACCUUAGUGCCAACCACCUGCAGCAACAGGGAGGUAUCAAAAUAAUACCUCUGCCACAUUUUAUUACGGGCUAUUAUCUAAUUUACAGAUUUAAAUCAUUACAAUGGAAAAGGACAAAACACGACUUCUUGCCGACAAUGGAGUGUAUGCCUACGAAAUUCUCCCUGUUACAGAUGUGACUGUAGUGAGAAUAAAGCCAAGGAACUUCCUGGGAAUGGCUAUCUAUGUGACACUCUGCUGCUGUUUGCCUUGUGGAAUCAUCGGACUUGUUUAUAGUAUUGAUAGUUCAAAUAGGUUUGACCGUGGAGAUUAUACCGGAGCCGUGUCUGCCGCUAGCAAAGCAAAACAAUGGUCGAUUCGUGGUUUGGUGUAUGGCAUCGUGUCUAUUGUCCUUUUCACUGCCUAUUUCAUUUUAAUGUUCAUUUGGAUUUGGUAUAUUUAUUUUCUGGAAUCUGAUGUAGAACAGUCCGUUUAUACGCUUCCUAAUGAUUUCGAUUAGCAUGCGGCAGCAAUUAUACCUGUAAGCUAGAUACAACACUCUAAUGAAGUCGAAAGAAAUAAAGAUGCCUAAAGCCUGUGUAUAAUAAUUUAAUAUUUUUCUGUGAUUUAGUCCUAAGUUAAUCUUACCCGAACUCUAAAAUUGUACUAUUAAACAUAAUGAAAAAGCGAGUUAAAUUAUUCAAUUAAAAUACAGAAUUUGCAUAUUGUAGGAAAUUGAAUAUGUCUUAGGCUUACGUAUUUUUAUAUUUAUUAUAAAAUAUUAUUACUAUUUUUUUAUAUAAUCAGUUUGUAUGAUUUAGUAAAAACGCCCAUGGCCUUCGUCGAAAGGUUUUUUUGUCUAUACGACUGAUGGAAUUCGAUUUAUUUUAAAAACUUCAAAUUAAAUUAUUAACAGUAUCAAUCGAUAAAC